AUGCACCAGAAUAACUCCGACGCGGAGAUGACGACGCAGGAGGAGGAGGAGGAGAGGACGUUGACAAAGAAGAAGACAAAGAUGAAAAAGAUAAAGAGGACGUUCGAUUUCUCGAAAUAUAAAACGCGCAAGAUUGCGCUCGAACUCGCGUAUUGCGGUGCAAACCAUUUCGGGUUUUCCAGUCAAGGCUGCUUGCAAGCCUCCAACGCAGAGACUACGAAUGCGAAGAACAACAGUCACAUUCGAACGAUCGAAGGCGCUUUGUUCGAGGCUUUGAAAAAAUGCAGACUGGUGGACCCAUCGAAGGAGAUUUUCGGGGAACCGUCCGUGGAUUACAGUCGGUGUGGGCGGACCGACCGCGGGGUGAGUUCGAUUGGGAACGUGGUGAGUUUGAACGUGAGGUGUAAAGGAGUUGGCGGCGGCGGCGGCGGAGAAGACGAAGAAGACGACGAAGACGGUGAAAACGGAGAGGAGAUUGAUUACGUCGGUAAUCUGAAUCGAGCGUUGCCGGACGACGUGAGAGCGUUGUGUUGGUACGCGGUGCCUGAUGGAUUCAGUUCGAGGUUUAAUUGUACGAGUAGGCGGUACGAGUAUCAUUUCACGAGAGUCGUGCGACAAAAUCUCGCGCCGCCGCCGCGAGGAGGAGAAGAGGCUGGAAAAUGUGAGCCGGAGGAGAUUCUCGACGUGGGGAGGAUGCGAGAGGCGUGCGAGAAGUUGGUCGGAACGCACGAUUUUAGAAAUUUUUGCAAGAUGAACGUGAAGGAUUGUCGCGAUUACACGAGGCACAUAAAAGAGUGUCGCAUAGAAAAGAAGAAUACGGAACGGACUACCGGUGCGCUUUUGCGCGAGACGGAUUGGGUGCUGAUCAUCGAAGGAAGUUCGUUUUUGUGGCACAUGGUGCGUUGCAUCGCGGCGGUGCUUUUCCAAGUUGGUUUGCGAGCGGAUGCGCCGGACAUUAUCGACGAUCUUCUCGAUUUAACGAAAACGCCGCGAAAACCGCUAUACGCGAUGGCGCCAGAACAUUCGCUCGUUUUAGUCGGGUGCGAGUACGACGACUCUGUCAUAAAUCCUGGCAAGAGAAGAGUAUCAGAGGAGGCUCGGCAAGGCUUGGAAAUGCACGCGUUGGCGGCGGCGAGGAUGCAUCGAUUGAAAGCGAGCUUGUGGGAGGAAAUCGGAGGAAAGGCGCACUCGCCGGUGAAGGAAGAUGCCGAUACUCCUUCUCAUAACGUUAAGCGAAGCCGCGAAUUAACCAGAGGCUUACUCUCAUCGACCUACUACGGCACAGCAGCUGGUGAACCGAAAGGCGAGCCGGUGAGCUUAAAGAAACGCUCGACGGAGAAGACGUACGAUGAAAGAAUAGCAGACCUGAACGCGAAAAACGAGCGCAAGAAAACUACGAAGGAGGAGGCAAAAGUCAGAUGA